UGGGCACAGGUGGGUGGCACUGGUGGGCACAGGUGGGUGGCACUGCUGGGCACAUGUAGGUGGCACUUCUGGGCACAGGUAGGUGACACUGCAGAGUGGCACAGGUGGGUGCACUGCUGGGCACAGGUGGGGGCACUGCUGGGGAACGGGUGGGCGGGGCUAGUGGGCGCACUGCUGGGCGGAACUUGCGGGUGUCACUGCUGGGCACCGAUCAUCAGGGCACUGAUCAUCAGUGCCCUGAUGAUCGGUGCCGAUCCCCGCUCUGACAACUGCCGGUUCUCGGCAGUACUUUCCUCACGAUCUGACAGCGUGAGGAAAGUGCAGCCGAGAACCGGCACUUGC